CAGCACAGCCGGUCCCUGGUGCUUGGUUAACGGACCUUUGGGAACCAUGGCUGCUAAUCUAAUCAAGGAAUUCGUUAGUAGAAACAAGCGGCGGUACCAGGAGGACGGGUUCGACUUGGACCUCACUUAUAUCUAUCCCAACAUCAUCGCCAUGGGUUUCCCAGCUGAGCGGCUGGAGGGCGUCUACAGGAACAACAUUGAUGACGUUGUUCGGUUCUUGGACUCCAAACACAAGAAUCGUUACAAGAUUUAUAACCUGUGUGCAGAGCGACACUAUGACACUUCAAAGUUCAGCUGUCGAGUGGCUCAGUUUCCGUUUGAAGACCACAACCCGCCCCAGCUGGAGCUGAUCAAGCCGUUCUGUGAAGACCUGGAUCAGUGGCUAAGCGAGGACGAGCAGCAUGUGGCCGCCAUCCACUGCAAGGCAGGAAAAGGCCGCACUGGAGUCAUGAUCUGUGCCUACUUGCUGCACCGAGGGAAGUUCCAGGAGGCUCAGGAGGCCCUGGACUUUUACGGGGAGGUCCGGACCAUGGACAAGAAAGGUGUGACCAUUCCCAGCCAGCGCCGCUACGUCAUCUACUACAACUUCCUGCUCAGGAACCGUCUGCACUACAAACCCGUGGCUCUGCUCUUCCACAAGAUGCUGUUCGAGACCGUCCCCAUGUUCACUGCCGGGACUUGCAACCCUCAGUUUGUGGUCUACCAGCUGAAAGUGAAGAUCCAUACCUCCAACCCCGGCCACACCCGCAGGGAGGACAAGCUGAUGGUGUUUGAGUUCCCGCAACCACUUCCUGUCUGUGGGGACAUCAAGGUGGAGUUCUUCCACAAGCAGAACAAGAUGAUGAAGAAGGAAAAGAUGUUCCAUUUCUGGAUCAACACGUUCUUCAUCCCAGGACCAGAGGAGACAUCGGAUAGACUGGAGAAUGGUAGCUCCAGAACACUUCGGGAGCUCUCCGACAGAACGUUUCAGAACCCAGGAAUGAUGAUGGGAAGUGAGACCAAUGACAGAGACUUCCUGGUUCUGACGCUUAACAAGAACGAGUUGGAUAAAGCCAACAAGGAUAAAGCCAACAAGAACUUCUCCCCAAACUUUAAGGUCAAACUGUUUUUCACCAAGACGGUGGAGGAAGGAGCCAACUGUGACACAUGCAGCACGUCAGCCUCGGUGACACCGGACGCCAGCGACAACGAGCCGGAUCACUAUCGCUACUCGGACACUACAGACUCGGACCCUGAAAACGAGUUGUUCGAAGACGACCUCCAUAGUCAGAUCACAAAAGUCUGACACUCGCACACACACAUAUAUAUCCAGUGUAUACGUGUACAUAAACACACCAGGUCAGGACCACCGGAUGGAGACUGUCUGAUCGAAUUCUGGAUCAAAGCGGACCUGCUGACUCUGGAUUUAAGAAGCACGGAUCAGAUUAUAAACUUCCUUCAUCUACUCAGUGCACAACUGGACAAUCAUGAUGCUGCGAGCAGCAGAUAGGGGGCGCUGUGAGCAGCAGACAGGGGGCUGUGCUACAGGAGUGGGCGGGGCUUGUGUGUAAAACAAACCGAGUAAAACUUUAAUCUCAAAAAUUCAACGAUAGAUUUUUUUUCACCGAGAUAAUCCAAACCUUUCAUAACCUCUUAGAUUUGGACCUGAUUCAGGUCAAGGAAUGAAUUACAUCAGGGCUUGGUUUUGAUCAGGACUAGAUUCACAAGGCAACCUAGAUGCAGAUCAGAACCUGACAGUGAGAUUUAAGACCAGAACAUCCAGCUGAGUUUGAUCCCAGCUUAUCGGCGGGACGCUUGAGAGGGUUCUGAUGAAGGAUCUAGUCUUGUUCAUACCAUGAGAUUUUAGUUUCCAGACGAGAAGAUCAGAUUUGUUUCCAGCUUCUGACUCGUUUUUAACCAUCGUUUUGGAAUUUCUCACAAUCAGCUCCGGAUUCUGGUCUUAUAAAAUCGUUUUGACUGAAUGUUCGUGAUUUCCAGCCGAGAUGAAUCCAAACCUUUAUGUUGACAUGUAGCUUGUGUUUGGAUUCCUCAGUUUGGAAGUGUUGGAUCUGUAGUGGGAAUAACCUUCGGGAUUCCUUGUCUUUGUGAUGGUGUAUUGCUCAUAGAGACGUUUCGACCUGUUUAACGCCAAUGAAGUUAAACCUUUUUGCCAUUUUGUCAAUGAGCUGUUGGAAUCUAUCAAAUCCCAGUUACAGAAAUUGUGUUCGGUUUUCCUCCAGCUUCGAUCAAUCAUUAAGCUAAACGGCAAACAAGCUCCUCCCAAUGUAACCAUUGCUAUUCUGGACACUUCCACUUUGUAAAUAUUCUAGAGCACGCUCAGUCCAUCCAGAAACACUAUUCUGGUUGUUCGGCAGCUUUUUGUUAGUUUCAUGAAUUUAUUGUAAUCAUAUAAGCUACAGAACUUUCUGGAAAUGGAAUCCAGGAUUGGGAAGGAACCUGAGGUCUUUUGUCUGAAGCUGGGUUUUUGUAACUGUAGCUAAACUGUUUUUCCUUGAGGUUUCUGGUUCUGCUCCAGCUCAAAGCAGGUUCAAAGAUAAAACGUCCAGAUGGGUCACUUGUGAAGAACCACAAAAAGCUGGUUCUGAGUUUGAACACAGGUUCAGACUGGAAUCAGUCUGAAAGCAAAGACGGCUAUGAGCCUUUCUGACAUUUCAGAUGAAGAUUCCUGAUCCGUCCAAAUGAUUCUGUCCAUUUAGUUCUCCUUCUUGUAAGUAGCUGUGAAAUCUGUGAACUGCACCUUUAGCUCUGUAGACGAUCCUGUUAUCUUUACAUCAGGUUUCCUCUGAAGCUGAUGAGAGAUGCUCCAACCAGGAUGUAGAUCUGGAUUUGGGUCAGUUUUUGCCCAGUUUCCUAUUUUUUUUCCUUUAUGUUGUAUUUGCUCUAACUGGGUUUAGAGUGCACAUCCUUUGGCUUGGAUCGGACGGGACAUGACUUGGUUGAAGCCUAUCUAAAGAUGAAGGAUUCUUGGCCUUUGGUUCAGAUCUCAGUGGAAGUUCUUAAGUUAUGUUUGAUUCUUGUUCCCACAUUUGGUUCUGAAACUUUUCUCUGUCUGGAUCUGGAUAAAUCUAGAUAUAGAAGCCUGGUUGAUGGAAACGUUCUCCCUGUCUGGUGUCGAUAAAGAUCCAAUGUGUUGAAUAAGCGAUGUCACUCAGGAUCAGGUUUGUAAGAGAUGUUGAAGGAAUAAGCUUAAGGAUUCCAUGUUGACACUUAGAGCCUUUUUCCCUCCAGAACCAAACCCUAACAGGGGACUUGGACUUUGAAUUUCCUGGUGCUCACGGUUAAAACAGGAUUAACUACAGCAACCCUGACCAGCUGUUCCUCCAAUGAUCAUUUUCUCUGAGCUCUAAGAACCGGGUCUCAGGUAGAAGCUCAGGUGGAUCAAGCUAUGACCUCACCUUGUUAAAGACUGGAUUUUCAGGAGUAUUUCAGAUGAACCUGUCCUCACUGUUGAGGAGAAGCUGGAACUUUCUGACUUUGAGCAGAAUUGGAAUCAACAUAUUUUCUAGCUGGAAGCUGGAUUAUCUGUCAGAACCUCCUGUGUGAUCAGCUCCAGGAUUACACCAGUGCUUGUUCUGGAUCUUUGGUACACCUUGUUGGGUUUCAGGUGCUAAACUGACUCAGUCAGCCCUCCUUCUAGGUCAGUUCUGCUGUUGAUCUGAACAGACGUUCAUGUACCAUGCUGUCACACCUGACCUUCUAGUCUACUGCAGUUUAAAUUACAGUUGAAGGUAAACUUUAAGGACAUCCAUCCAGAGCCUGUUCGUCCUCAGCUGAAGCAGAAACCAGCUUAUUCAGGAGAUCCACAUGUCAGAGGUGGGUUGAUUCCUGCUCAGAAAAGUGGGUUCUGGGCUUGUUCUGGGUAGGUUGCAGGGGUCAGAGGUGUUGUAGGUCCCGUCCUUGUCUGUUUCUAAACCAGCUACUGAGGCUUAAUUCACUUUAUCAGUCUGGAGUCAGAAUCAUGACUGCUGUUCUCAGACCUGAUAGAACCUGGUUCUGACCCAGACAAGAGCGGUGUGAUUUCAGUUCUGACCAUUCAGGUUCCAUUUCAAUCUCCAUUCCUGUCAACAAGAAGCUCAUUCGGAUGUUUGUCUUUGUAACUUUGGGUUUAGGUGGUUGUCCGUUCUCUGCUCAGUGAUUUUGUUCUGCUGAUGAAGAACAAAAGGUCUUCGUAUGUUAGUGUUUGAACCAAUCAGAACCUUCACAUUUCACCAUGUCAGUGUUCAGCUUCAUUGGUCAGCAGAUCUUUUAAUUUCCAAAUAUUAAAAACCUUCAAUCACAACUGCCUGAUUGUUCCUGUAGAACCGUUGUUGGAGACGGAUCGGUGGGUUCUGCCUUGUGGAACCGCCUGCUUAGACAAACAUGUUUGUUCUGUUCUUAACUCAGAAAUCAAACAGCAGAGUUGGUGUGACUCUAGGAGCCGUGUUACCAUGCAGACACAUUAAUCUGAACCCUUAUAGUCUGCCUCUACUCAUUUUAUAAUGAAAAAACACUGUAAAGUGAAUAAACUAUUUAUAAACA